AUGAAUUUCUAUUCACAAAAUGCUGAGUCGCAGGUUGUGAAAUUUUUUAGCCUCUCCUAUGCCUUAACUCCUGGAAAGAUUAAAUUUGGUGUAAAAUAUGAUAUGAAUUUUAUCCUUCAUAGAACAGUGAAGAGUAGUAGUAGUUAUGGAAGGAGAUUGUACCGAAUUGUGGCUAUCAAGCAACUGGAUAGAAAUGGUUUGCAAGGGAACAGAGAAUUUCUUGUUGAAGUUUUGAUGCUAAGCCUACUUCAUCAUCCAAACUUGGUCAACUUGAUUGGAUAUUGUGCCGAUGGAGAUCAGAGACUUUUGGUGUACGAAUAUAUGCCAUUAGGAUCAUUGGAAGAUCAUCUACAUGAUCUUCCGCCUGAUAAGAAGCUUCUUGACUGGAAUAUGAGAAUGAAAAUAGCAGCUGGCGCUGCAAAGGGCUUGGAGUAUUUACACGAUAAAGCAAAUCCACCCGUUAUAUAUCGAGAUCUAAAAUGCUCAAACAUUUUACUAGACGAGGCAUAUCACCCCAAACUAUCUGAUUUUGGGUUAGCGAAAUUGGGUCCUGUUGGGGACAAUACUCACGUAUCCACGAGAGUAAUGGGAACAUAUGGAUAUUGUGCACCAGAAUAUGCAAUGACAGGACAGCUUACGUUGAAAUCAGAUGUAUAUAGUUUUGGAGUUGUUCUUCUAGAGAUCAUCACUGGAAGGAAGGCAAUUGAUAAUUCAAGAGCUGCCGAGGAGCACAAUUUGGUUGCAUGGGUAAGAGACUCUUGUAUAUCCAUUUCAUAA